AUGGAACUUAGCUGGGCGACGACGACCGCGCUGCUCGUGUUUUUGGCGGUUGCGGCGCGCGGGGGCGGCGCCGCGCCGUCUUUGUUUGACCUCGCGGAGGACCGCUACCUCAAGGACGAAGACGUCACGGACGCUAUCUGCAAACUGACGCAACCGGCCGGCGGCAACCUGACGGGUAUGCUCAGCUUUCAGCAAAACGACCCGGAAGACUUGGUGACGAUAAUCGGCGACAUUUCCGGACUGUCGCCCGGUUUCCACGGUUUCCACAUCCACAUGAAGGGUGACCUCACCAAUGGCUGUGAAAGUACCGGCCACCACUUCGACGUGGGUCGAGGCAUGUGGCACGGCGCCCGACAGGACGUGGUCCGGCACGUGGGCGACUUGGGCAACGUGGAAGCGGACGCCAGGGGGGACGCCCAGUUCGUCAUAUUCGACAGGCUGCUCUCCCUCAACGGACCAAACUCCAUCGUGGGACGCUCCGCCAUUAUCCACAAGCAAGAGGACGACCUCGGCUUAGGAGGCACCAUCGAAAGCCGCGAAACGGGAAGAUCGGGUCCAAUCAUCGCUUGUGGCGUAAUUGGCAUCGCCCAGCCACGAGCCUAG